AUGGCACAGCGUGUGCCCCCAUCUACAUCAACAACAGACUUAUCCGGAAUCGGCCCCGUUCAAAGGCCCAACACAUCAUCUACAACACAUUCGACCACAGCAGAAGCUAGCGUGCCUGUCUACGUGCUACCUGAGCCAGCAGUCAGUUCAUUUCCAACCAGAAGACAUGAAGAGCCAGUGACUGCCGCCAUGUCCACGGCACGACCCACACAAGACGCCGUGAUUGACCUAACGGAUUCGCCACCUCUCCAACCGGUCGCUACGACAACGACGCAUCGAUCCGCUCGUGCACGCAGUCGUGUCUCUUCGAGUCAGACAGUUUCUGCACAUGCGCAGGUCAUUGAUUUGGAUGACGAACCAGAUGUACGCGAUGUACCUGCUUCAUUACCUGCGGCGCCUAUUUCAACAACAUCGGAUCAGCACGUUGUAAGACACGACAGACAUGGUCUCCAGCGUCGCCCUCGUGCAGCUCCAACGGCAGCAGGAAGGCCGCAAGGUACAGCAGCACAAUUACUCCGUGCAGUUGAGACGAAUCGAGCACUUGCAACACGUCAUGCCCUUCAUCGCAAUUUAGAACAUACCAAUGCCCGUCGGCACUAUCGCGUUCCUGGUGUCAUUUCACGUGGCACUCGAUCCGGUGCACAGCAUGGAGCACGGCAUCAUGGCACUCGCAACGAUCACGUCAAUCAAGUCUUUGCAUUUUUCGGGUAUCCACAAGGCGAUGAGGCUGGCGGAGCUGGUGGAGACGGUGCGACAAGAUCUGAUAUCACAGGGUAUGUGACGACGCCGUAUGGCGGUGGCCCUGUACGUUUACCCGUUCAUGGACGACCUGAAGGUAAUGCAGCAAAUGCCGUCUAUAAUAUGAUGCAACGCGGUCAUUUCGUUCCACCGAAUCUCGAUUAUGGACUCUAUGCGCGUGCUGCUGGCUUGGCAACGGGUUUCGCGGAUCGCUUCUUUGGUGCUGUGGGCGGUCCCGUUGCAUCACCGGAGCCGAUGGAUAAAGUGGAUCCGCCUGAACCGUGCAAGGAACCAUUCACCAGGACUUUCAACAGUACCGACUACCUCGUAUGUCCUGAUUGUCAUGUGGAGUUGGGUAGUGGCGAGGAUGAACAGAAUCGCAAGAUUUGGUUCACCAAGUGUGGCCAUGUAUAUUGUGGUGCAUGUGCGACAACGAUCCGAGCAACCAAAUUCGGAAAGGGUAAAGGACGCUCGUGUGCUGCACCGGGUUGUACCAAGGCGCUUACAAAGACGAAGCUGUUUGAAGCUUACUUGUGA